CCCCGAACCAAGUCGCAUUUACAGGUUGCCGGCGGGGACAACUUCAGAGUUCUGUCUCUCCUUCCUCGAACGCCUAUUGAAUAGAAUCAAACUAAUGUACCAGUGGAGGAAGUUCGAGUUUUUUGAGGAAAAACACGCAGGAAAAUGUGCGAUUCCUGAGGAGGUGACAGGGAAGAUCGAAUGCUGCUCAAGCGGGAGAGGGAAGGUGGUGAUUGGAUGUGAUGACGGCGUCGUCUGCUUGCUUGAUCGCGGCCUUAAGUUCAAUUAUGGGUUUUCUGCUCAUUCCUCCUCCGUUCUCUUUCUUCAGCAGCUCAAGCAACGGAACUUCUUGGUCACUAUUGGAGAAGAUGAUCAAUUAGCCCCCCAACCGUCAACUUUGUGCUUGAAGGUUUUUGACCUUGAUAAGAUGCAACCUGAGGGUUCAAGCACGAUGAAUCCCGAAUGUGUUGGGAUAUUGCGAAUAUUCACUAAUCAGUUUCCCGGAGCGAAGAUCACAUCUUUCAUAGUCUUUGAAGAAGUACCACCUAUACUGCUCAUAGCUAUUGGCUUAGACAAUGGUUUUAUUUACUGCAUCAAAGGAGACAUUGCAAGGGAACGUAUUACCCGGUUCAAGCUUCAGGUGGAAUACCAUUCAGAGAAAACCCUUUCGUCUGUAACUGGCCUUGGGUUUAGGGUGGAUGGUGAUUCCCUUCAAUUGUUUGCUGUAACUCCAAGUUCAGUGAGUUUGUUUACUUUGCAUGAUCAACCACCGAGAAGGCAAACCCUAGAUCAGAUUGGAUGCAAUGUCAACAGUGUGGCAAUGAGUGAUCGCUCUGAAUUAAUAAUUGGUCGACCUGAGGCUGUAUAUUUUUAUGAAGUUGAUGGGCGUGGUCCUUGUUGGGCUUUUGAGGGGGAGAAGAAAUUUCUGGGAUGGUUUCGUGGAUACCUUUUAUGUGUUAUUGAAGAUCAAAGAAACGGAAGGCAUACUUUCAACAUCUAUGACUUAAAAAAUCGCUUGAUAGCUCACAGUGUAUUGGUUAAAGAAGUUUCUCAUUUGCUCUAUGAAUGGGGUAACAUAAUACUCAUAAUGACUGACAAAUCAGCUUUGUGUAUUGGGGAGAAGGAUAUGGAAAGCAAAUUGGACAUGCUUUUUAAGAAAAAUUUAUAUACUGUAGCAAUUAAUCUUGUUCAGACUCAACAAGCUGAUGCUGCAGCCACUGCUGAAGUACUAAGAAAGUAUGGGGAUCAUCUAUACAGCAAGCAAGACUACGAUGAGGCAAUGGCCCAGUACAUACAUACCAUUGGUCAUCUUGAGCCUUCGUAUGUGAUACAGAAGUUUUUGGAUGCUCAAAGAAUAUAUAACCUUACAAAUUACUUGGAAAAGUUACAUGAGAAGGGUCUUGCUUCUAAAGACCAUACCACUCUGCUAUUGAAUUGCUAUACCAAAUUGAAAGAUGUUGAAAAGCUUAAUUUAUUUAUUAAAAGUGAUGACAGCGUCGGAGAACACAAGUUUGAUGUGGAAACUGCAAUCAGGGUUUGUCGUGCUGCUAAUUACCAUGAACAUGCAAUGUAUGUUGCAAAGAAGGCAGGGAGACAUGAGUGGUACUUGAAGAUCUUGCUUGAAGACCUUGGUCGGUAUGAUGAGGCCUUGAGAUAUAUUUCAAGUCUUGAACCAAGUCAAGCAGGAGUCACGAUUAAGGAGUAUGGUAAGAUUUUAACAGAGCACAGGCCAGCAGAGACAAUCGAGAUCCUCAUAAGGCUUUGCACAGAGGAUGGAGACAAAAAAGGAGCUUCAAGUAGUGCAUAUGUAUCUAUGUUGCCAUCUCCUGUUGACUUUCUUAGCAUCUUCAUUCAUCAUCCCCAAUCCCUGAUGGAUUUUCUUGAAAAGUAUACCAACAAAGUAAAGGACUCACCCGCUCAAUUGGAAAUCCACAACACACUAUUGGAAUUGUAUAUAUCCAAGGAAUUGAACUUUCCUUCAAUAUCUCAAGUUACUGAUGAUGGAGAUCUUAACCUCAAGGUAGCGUCAGUGAAAUCUUCAAUGUUAAAAGCUCAGUCAAAUGGAACAAGUGCUGAUCACAAAAGUUCAGAAGAGAAAACAGAUCUGUUAAAAAGGCGUGAGAAAGGUCUAAACUUGCUUAAGAGUGCAUGGUCACCAGAGAUGGAACAUCCACUUUAUGAUGUUGAUUUAGCAAUUAUCUUGUGUGAAAUGAAUGCUUUCAAAGAAGGACUGUUAUAUUUAUAUGAAAAGAUGAAACUUUAUAAAGAAGUGAUUGCUUGCUACAUGCAGACACAUGAUCACGAGGGGCUAAUUGCUUGCUGCAAACGGCUUGGGGAUUUAGAUAAAGGAGGGGAUCCUUCCCUUUGGGCAGAUUUACUUAAAUAUUUUGGUGAGCUUGGAGAAGAUUGCUCCAAAGAAGUGAAAGAAGUUUUGGCUUAUAUAGAGAGGGAUGAUAUUUUGCCCCCCAUAGUUGUCCUUCAAACUCUUUCGACAAAUCCAUGCCUUACACUUUCUGUAAUCAAGGAUUACAUUGCUCGAAAGCUUGAACAGGAAUCUAAGAUGAUUGAGGAGGACAGACAAGCCAUUGAAAAUUAUCAGGAAGAUACACUCGCAAUGAGAAAAGAGAUUCAGGAUCUUAGGACAAAUGCCAGAAUAUUUCAAUUAAGCAAGUGCACUGCAUGCACUUUCACUCUAGACCUCCCAGCCGUUCAUUUCAUGUGCAUGCAUUCAUUCCAUCUGCGCUGCCUUGGCGAUAAUGAAAAGGAAUGUCCUGAGUGUGCUCCUGAAUACAGGUCUGUCUUGGAAAUGAAAAAGAAUUUGGAGCAAAAUUCUAAGGAUCAAGAUAGAUUCUUCCAGCAAGUGAGGAACUCUAAAGAUGGGUUCUCUGUAAUUGCUGAAUAUUUUGGGAAGGGGAUUAUUAGCAAAACAAGUAAUGGAACAACCUCUGGUGUCAGAACUGGAAGCACAUCUUCCAGCAGUGGUUUCUGAGGUGCAGUUUUUUGCCGCUUACUUUAAGGGUUAUUCAUGAAGGGCAAGCCUGGAUUCUUGAUGCUUGAUGAAAUUUAUCACGUGGAGAUGUACUUUUCCAUCAGCGCUUCUUCACCGACCUUUAUUUCUGCUGGAACAGCGUUUGUGUAUUUACCCAGAUGUGCUGGCUUUUAAGAUGAUGUGUAGCGCAUUUACCAGGGAACAUUCCUGAAUGGUCCGGCUGUUGUGCUGAAGAGUUUUAUUGCACGGAUCUUUUAACAGAAUAAUUCUCUCGAUCACCGCUCGGCAAAAUAUUUGAGAAUACUCUUGAGGGAAAAUGUCUAGAGUUUUGGUGUGAAUUCAAGGUAGAAUUUUCCUGUUAUCAUGGGAGUUUAAUUUUUUCUGGGAUAUUGCUGAUGAGAUGUUUUAGUGCUUUUAACUAUGCCAGAGCCAUGUAAAAGUGAUAAAAAUCCAAAAAUUUUAUUUGCUUGUUAUAUGUGGUUCAUUAGCUCUUUGUUUUAUUUA